CCCGUGCAGGACCCCGUGUGUGCGGGCCCGGGCUGCAGGCGGCGUGGGCAGGUCUCCAGGGGCAGCCGUGGGGCUCCCCCUUGUGCGUGCGGGGCGCUACCGGGUCCCCCCGGGGGGCGCGGAGCCCGCCGGACCGGCGGCUGAUGGCAGCUGCGCAGGAUGACACGGGCCCAUCACGUGGGUGAGCCCUCCCCGCCCCUCGCCGUACGGGACCCACGGGCCGCUGCCGCUGCCGCCCAGGGGACUCCGCCAGCGGCCGCGCCGUGCGCCACAGCUCGGAGAGUCCGGCAGCCGCACGGAGCCUCAGCGACCCGUCCCCAGCACCCCGACGCCCAUCCGCGCUGGGCUUCCGCUGCAGGAGGCGGCCCGGCCCGCAGCCCGAGAGUGAGUGAGCGAGAGAGAGGUCUGAAGAAUGAUAGAUUAAUCUGGGAAGGUGAAUGACGCUAAAGGUGGAAAUACAAUAGCAGAACACUAACAAAUUAAGAGGAUGGAGGAAAGAUGUGAUGUGUACAACAAAGAAAGUUACAGAAAUUCAGAGAUCUCCCAAGACCAAAUAAUCCUCCUUCAUUGUCUUUUGAAAGGCAUGUCUACUUGGUGGGAUAACGUGCCUUACAGCGGUGUGACUGCUAAAGCACGAUGGUGUAAACUUCCAAAUUUUAAAAUAUAGGAAAGGAAAAAGCAAGCACAGUUACUUCUUCCAUUCUGAAUGUGAACUUUGUCACUAUAAUUCAGAAAGAAGAAUACAAAUGCAAAAAAGGUGAACUAUUUCCUGGACUGGCCACAACAUAUCGGUAUAUGUACAAAGUGUUUAGAAACUUGUACUUGUCAACUUGCCAAACUGGUUUUUGCUGCACAUCUGACAGGAUGAACAAGCCAAAGAGAGGCUUUUUGUUGUAUUGGAAGAAUAGUGACUGCUGCCUGGUUUAAAGUAAACUUAAGACUGCAUGCAUUUGCCUGACGAAAUGAAAGAAGUGGCAUUUUGGUCACCCAAAGAGGUGGCAAAUUGGCUGAUGGAGAAUGCUGUGCCAGAAUACUGUGAACCAUUGGAAUUUUACACUGGGCAGGAUUUGAUCAAUCUAACUAAGGAGGAUUUUAAGAAGCCACCUUUGUCACGUGUGUCUUCUGACAAUGGACAGAGGUUGUUGUACAUGAUAGAAACUUUAAAAAUGGAGCACCACAUUGAGGCGCACAAAAAUGGGCAUGCCAAUGGUCACCUCCGCAUCAGUACAGAUGUCACCACAAGUGAAAAUGAUUUCAGCACUAAAAUCAAACUGAAUGGGAUGCCAAAUGGAUAUAGGAAGGAGAUGAUAAAGAUCCCCAUGCCAGAGCCAGAGCGUUCCCAGUAUCCUAUGGAGUGGGGGAAGACUCUCCUGGCUUUUCUUUAUGCACUUUUCUGUUUCAUCUUUACCACAGUGACGAUCUCAGUCGUCCAUGAACGAGUGCCUCCCAAGGAGGUGCAGCCUCCCCUACCAGAUGCAUUUUUUGACCGUUUUAACCGUGUGCAAUGGGCCUUUUCUAUUUGUGAAAUUAAUGGCAUGAUCCUUGUAGGACUCUGGUUAAUUCAAUGGCUGCUCUUAAAAUACAAAUCUAUUAUCAGCAGAAGAUUUUUCUGUAUAGUUGGCACACUAUACCUAUAUCGGUGUAUUACGAUGUAUGUAACUACACUGCCAGUACCCGGUAUGCAUUUCAACUGCUCUCCAAAGCUCUUCGGAGAUUGGGAGUCUCAUCUGAGGAGGAUAAUGAAAUUGCUUGCUGGAGGGGGGUUAUCUAUCACAGGAUCCCACAACAUGUGUGGUGACUAUCUCUACAGCGGCCACACAGUCAUGUUAACACUUACAUAUUUAUUUAUCAAAGAGUAUUCACCUCGGCGACUUUGGUGGUAUCAUUGGAUUUGUUGGGCUCUUAGCAUAGUUGGGAUGUUCUGUAUUCUCUUGGCGCAUGACCACUACACUGUGGAUGUGGUGGUGGCUUACUACAUCACUACAAGGCUUUUCUGGUGGUAUCACACAAUGGCCAAUCAGCAAGUGCUAAAAGAAGCUUCCCAAACUAACCUCCUUGCACGGGUGUGGUGGUACAGGCCCUUCCAGUACUUUGAAAAGAAUGUUCAAGGAAUUGUACCUCGCUCUUACCAUUGGCCCUUCCCCUGGCCGGUGCUGCAUCUCGGUAGACAAGCUAAAUACAGCAGACUGGUGAAUGACACAUAACAGCUGUUAAAAGUGCGGGGGAAAGGAACUGUCCAAAGUGCUCAGAACUCCAUGAGAGAAGAUGCCAUAAAAAAGUGAACUGCUCCCUAAUCCUUUAUCUUUUAACCAUUUCCUUGACUUAACCAAUUCAGUUACCUGGAAAGCACUGUGAUCUUUUUUUUUCUCUCCAAAGGAUCUGCGUUGGACAACAAUAAAGAAAAUUUAACUUAUCAUGCACUGUAUACAUUUCUUGUUAAUAGAUUUGGGAUUUACAUUACCCAUCACCAUGUUCCUUUGUAUAUGAUGCGACAGCAUAAAUGAAAACUUUUAUAUCAUAUGUUCUGGUCUUUCCAGUCACAUCUGGGAAUAAAACGUAUUAUUUUCUUGGGAAAACAUACUUUUCAUAUCUCUUGCCCCAAAGAUUGGGCUGUAAGCCAUUUUCUAGCAAAUGUCUAUAUGAAGGUUUCUAAAUACCUGACUGGGGAAAAAUUAAAACUCUUUCUACCUGUUACACCAAUGUUACAAAUAAAAUGAUAAGACACAGAAAAGUUUAGUAACUUUUGAUUUUGUAAAAUCUGCAGUGACAGUGUCAAAAAGUGCAAAAAAUAAUAUUCUGUUGUAAAGUGAUUUUCUAAGUAUUUCCUAACUUUAUUUUUCAAAAUAUGUAUGAAGACUAAAUUUAAAAAGAUUUUUACAUGUCAGAGAAAAGAGAGUUAAAAUAAAAAAUGCUUCUUGGAAGAGAGAGAUUUGUCUAUGUUUCUAGUGCCUUUCUUGUCUUGAUUGUAUGGUCAGUAGGCAGUCUUAGAUGUUCUUAUUUAAAAUAAAAUAUUCCAUGAAAA